GGCGGAUUUUUCCCCCCUUCCCUGCGCGCCUGCGCGCCUCGGUCGCGCCUGCGCAGUGUGGCCGGGUCGGCCGGACAGGGUCACCCUGAGGGUGCGACUCCGCCGCGAUGGUGACCCGGUUCCUGGGCCCGCGCUACGGGCAGCUGGUCAAGAACUGGAUCCCGACGGUCUACACGUGGGGCGCCGUGGGCACCGUGGGGCUGGUGUGGGCCACCGAUUGGCGGCUGAUCCUGGACUGGGUACCUUACAUCAAUGGCAAGUUUAAGAAGGAUGAUUAAUUACACUGGCCCUUCGCACACCCCUCUGGUGCCUGGUGGCGCCAGCUCCUCCCGCCUCAGCCCCUGCUGCAUGUGGAGCAGCCCAAGCCUCAGGAUGGACAUGAGGAAAUCCACAGCUCAACUUCAGACUUCUUAUGUUUCUGAAAACAGCUUGGAUCUUUUAAUUCACGUUGCAUUAAACCUCCCUGAAACCUGC